AUGGCGGAUCAUGUGGAGCAUGUGGAGUCAUCUUCCCAGAUGAAGAAGCAGAAAUCGAUCGACAACUGGCUGCCUAUCACCUCGUCGAGGAAAGCCAAGUGGUGGUAUUCAGCCUUCCACAAUGUAACUGCCAUGGUUGGCGCUGGCGUCCUCAGCUUGCCCUACGCCAUGGCAGAACUUGGAUGGGGUCCCGGUGUCGCCAUACUUGUCCUCUCAUGGAUCAUCACCCUCUACACGCUGUGGCAAAUGGUUGAGAUGCACGAGAUGGUUCCCGGCGUGCGAUUCGAUCGAUACCAUGAGCUCGGACAGCACGUGUUCGGCGAAAAGCUCGGGCUUUGGAUCGUCGUUCCAAUGCAGCUGAUCGUAGAGGUCGGCACUGACAUCGUGUACAUGGUCACCGGUGGCAAAUCCUUAAAGAAGUUCUACGAUCUAGUCUGCCCCGAUUCCAAAAACAUCAGACUUUCCUACUUCAUCAUCGUCUUUGCAGUCAUUCAGUUUCUUCUCUCCCAGCUCCCAAACUUCAACUCCAUUUCAGGGGUCUCCUUGGCCGCCGCCGUCAUGUCCCUUAGUUACUCGACCAUUGGCUGGGUCGCAACCAUGGAGAAAGGGCGACCACAGAACGUAGACUACAGCUACAGGGCUUCAACUCCAGCCGGAUUCUUCUUCAACUUCGCGAGCGCUUUGGGAGAAAUGUCCUUUGCGUACGCAGGGCACAGCGUGGUGCUGGAGAUCCAGGCAACGAUUCCUUCUAGUCCAGAGAAGCCGUCGAAGAAGCCAAUGUGGAAGGGAGUCAUCGUCGCGUAUCUUGUCGUCGCGCUCUGCUACUUUCCAAUUGCUAUCGUUGGCUACUGGAACUUCGGCAAUGCCGUGGACGACAACAUUCUGAUCACCCUCGAUAGGCCUAGGUUGUUGAUUGCAGCCGCUAACAUGUUUGUUGUGGUCCAUGUUAUUGGAAGCUACCAGGUCUUUGCCAUGCCUGUAUUUGACAUGUUGGAGACAGUUCUUGUACUAAAAUGUCACCUUCGACCUAGUUUCAUGCUUCGCUUCGUUGCUAGGUCCCUUUACGUCGCGUUUACAAUGAUGGUCGGGAUAGCCGUUCCCUUCUUUGGAGGGUUACUCGGAUUCCUUGGGGGCUUUGCGUUUGCCCCAGCAAGUUACUUUCUUCCCUGCAUCAUGUGGUUAUCAGUCUACAAGCCAAAGAGAUUCGGCUUAUCUUGGCUGACUAACUGGAUCUGCAUUAUACUGGGAGCGGUGCUGAUGGUUUUGGCAUCUGUUGGAGGGAUGAGGACGAUCAUAUUGAGUGCCAAGGACUAUCAGUUCUUCUCCUGA